AUGGAGUACAGAUACUCGGAGUUGGUCGAUCCGAGCGUGUACGAAACGCAUAGCCUUGGCGGCGGUAUUCCGCUUCGCACGCAUAAAGACCCCCAGAAAGAAAUCGACGGCACUCUGCGCGCUCAGAAAGACUGGGUUCGAUAUGUCCAUCCGUUGGUUGGCUAUAAAGGGGGGUUGGGCGAUAGCCUCAGCUUCGUUAGUGCCACCGUUCCAGAAUGUCUUCCCGAACGCCUCGAAAUCAUCUCGUAUGCUAACGAGUUUGCGUUUCUGUAUGAUGAUGAGAUGGAGAAGCUCAUUGAUUUCGACAAGGACAUGCACGGAAGGGAUCAGUUAGUCGAUUCCUUCAGUAAAGGAGCAGCUAACCCGCAUCUCGACUCUGUAGCCGGCAACGCGGACAAACUUCAAGCCCAGGUUAUCAAAGAGAUGAUGGCUAUUGACUCCGAUCGAGCAAUCACCACGAUGAAGGCAUGGGUCAAGUUCCUGCAGCUUGCAUCGCGCUCGCGAUCACAGCCGCAGCAUACGCUAGAAGAAUACUUGCCUGGCCGAAUAAUCGAUGCCGGUGAAUUAAUCUGGUAUGGAACGUUGACGUUUGGCAUGGCGCUUACCAUCCCCGACGACGAACUGGAGCUCUGUAUGGAGUUGGCUCGGCCUGGAUAUGCAGCCAUCAGCCUAACAAAUGACCUGUACUCGUGGAAUAAAGAACAGGAGGAAGCCAAGCGUUCUGGACUGGACUACGUGUAUAAUGCGAUCUGGGUCAUCAUGAAGGAACGGUCCAUUAACGAGGAGGAGGCUAAAGCGGUCUGUGCAGCAGAGAUCCGAGACUAUAUUGAACAGUACUGUCAGAUUGUGGAGGAAGUCCAGGGGUGUGACUGGCUUUCCCAAGACCUCAGAACAUACGUGGAGGCUGUCAAGGCCAGCCACAUUGGAAACCUGGUGUGGAGCAUCUACUGCCCACGGUAUCAUGACCUUUGA